AUGUUUUGUUUCUUUGUAGCCUACGGCUGUGGACAGCCAGCUGUACCACCCAGCGUCACCAGGGUAGUUAAUGGCGAAGAUGCAAGACCACACAGUUGGCCAUGGCAGAUCUCCCUUCAGUACCAGGGAUCCAGCGGAGCAUGGGGACACACCUGUGGUGGCACCUUGAUCUCUGAAAACUGGGUCCUGACUGCCGCCCACUGUAUCAGCUCCUCAAGAACAUACAGAGUUUUUAUGGGCAAACACAGCCUGCAGAUUGCGGAAGAAGAAGGAUCUGUUGCCAUUUCCCCUGAGAAGAUCAUUGUCCAUGAAAAAUGGAAUUCUUUAUUCAUCCUCAACGACAUCGCCCUGAUCAAGCUGUCCCAACCCGCACCACUCAGCAACAGCAUUCAGCCCGCCUGUCUGCCCUCUACUGGUGCCCUCUUGGCCCAUGAUUCAAGCAGUUUUGUGACUGGAUGGGGUCGUCUGUACAGUAAGGGGGGGGGGGGGGGGGGGGGGGGGGGGGGGGUGGGGGGAGUGGUGGACCAUACUACCUGCUCCAAGUCUGAUUGGUGGGGCUGGCAGGUCAAGGACACCAUGGUCUGCGCUGGUGGUGACGGCAUUGUCUCUGCAUGCAACGGGUGA